GGCCUGGAGCUAGGAAAUACAAAGAUAAACCAGUGGCAAAUGCAGAUCUAAUGGAACAGAUUUUCAGUGGGGUUCAUGUAAGUGGAGCUGAAGGGUGGAGUGCUCAGCAAGGUGAAAAUGAGUUAGACAAUAUGGAGGUAGAGAAUGAUGAUGCCGCAUCUGAAGCAAGGCAAACCAAUCCUCCAGCAAGGCAAACCAAUCCUGAACCAGAUGCUCCCUCAUCCUCUAAUGGUCCACGAGUCUCUAAUGCUCCACGAGCCUCUAGUGUCCCAAAGCCUUCUCGGAAAAGGCGUGCAGAACAAGCAGCAGAUGUUAUGAGAAGUAGUCUUCAAUCACGUGAUGAUAUACUCUCUCACAAAAACCACCUAAUAGAAAGCCAUCCAGAUUUGAGUUGCAGCCAGCUUAAGGCUAUGAGUGUCUUGCAUUCACUGUCUAGUAUCAGAAUGUGGUCUCCAUUGUACAAAGCUGCUUAUAAACAUCUCAGGGAAGCUGCUACAAAUCGACAGACGUUCCUAAGUUAUGAAGAUGACGAGAACAAGAUUAUCUAUUUGGAGGAAGAGACCGGUGAAAGCAGAUAUGCAUGAGUUUUAUGUUCUCCUAUCUAGUGUCUAAGUAUUGUGUUUCUCUCUAUCUGUUUGAGUCUUGUGUUUCUCUUUAUCUUUAUGCAUAACAAUGUGAAGUUUUCUUGUUUAUUCAUGACAUUUUCCUUCUAUGAAAAAAUAUUAGUAUUUAUUAACUCUUUUUACCUUCAUGCUUGUGGUAGAAUUUCAGUAUUUGAAUAUGACAUUGUUUAACAGGUUUACUUGUUAUUUAGCAGAUAUGCGACGAGACAACAACAUUGGAUACAUUCGCAUUGCUAACUGAGGAUGAUGAUAUGGAUUUGUUAGAAGAGGAAGAGCUCGUGUAUCAUAUGCUAGAAGAUGUUUAUGGAGUUACAAAUCUUCCUUCUCUUCCUCGACAAAUGCUCAGAACAAACAAAGGUGGAGGUUGGCGCCGUGUUCAGCGCCUCAUGUUUGAGAGUGACAAGCAAUGUUUUGACAUCUUAAGGAUGAAUCAAGGUACUUUUAAGAAUCUGUGCUUUAGGCUUCGACAAUACUACAAACUUGAAGAAUCACAAAACGUCUAUCAUGAAGAGAGUGUGGCAAUGUUUGUUGAAAUGGUUGCACAAGAUUUAACAGUUCGAGCUUUAGCUGAGAGAUAUCAACGUUCAGUAGAUACGGUGGAUAGAAAACUAGAUCAAGUUCUCUCUGCUCUAUUAAAGCUUGCUGCAGACAUCAUUAAGCCAUCAAUAGGAGAGUUUACUACUCCAAGUCCUGUUCUAGUAAACAAUGAUAGGUACAUGCCGUUUUUUGAAGACUGCAUUGGUGCUUUGGACGGAACUCACUUACCUGUUCGUCCUCCGUCUGAUAAUCCGGAACCGUACAGAGGCAGGAAAGGAGAACCGACAAUCAAUGUUCUCGCAAUAUGCAAUAUGAAAAUGCGAUUCAUCUACGCAUACGUGGGAGUUCCUGGUAGAGCUCAUGACACGAAAGUUCUUACACAUUGUGCGACACAUGAACCCUUCUUCCCUCAUCCACCAGAUGGUAAGUACUAUCUAGUUGAUUCCGGUUAUCCAACUAGAACCGGUUAUCUAGGUCCGCAUCGUAGAACUAGGUAUCAUCUUGACCAGUUUGCUAGGGGAGGACCACCAACAAACUCUAGAGAACUGUUUAACCGGAGGCAUGCUAGUUUACGUUCUGUGAUUGAAAGAACAUUUGGUGUUUGGAAAGCGAAGUGGAGGAUUUUAGAUAGAAAACAUCCGAAGUAUGAUGUUAUAAAGUGGGUGAAGAUUGUGACAGCAACUAUGGCACUUCACAAUUUUAUUCGAGAUUCAUCUGAUGAAGACCGUGAUUUCACUUAUUGGGAAACAGUAAAUGAGUAUGAACAUCAUGGUGACCAAGCAGUAGAAGAGCUUGAGCAUACUCCAUACCUUCCAUCUGGUGAUAGAGCAAUGGAGAUUCGACGUGAUGCAAUCACUGAAAGGAUAGCAAGAGGAAGUCGACUUCCAUAUUAGCUUCACAUAUGAUCAUCAAGCAGUCACUUCCUCCAGGUUUUUAUUCUUAUCUCUCUCUCUCUCUUCUCUCUCUCUUUCUCUCUCUCGCAUCUCACGUUUGUAAAUUGAAUGGGAGUAUUUUGUAUAUCUUAAAAGUCUAAACAUCUGUGUCUUUCAGUUGUUUAUUUGCUUGUAGGAAGCAUGUGUGAUGUAUUGUUUAUAUGUUUCAGGUUUGAGUGUUCAAGACAUUUGAAGAUCAUCUUCUUGAAGUUAAGAGAUUAUGUUUACUAUUGUUCAGACUUGAGUUUUUAUGUCAAGAGUUUUAUAUUUCAGAUUUGAGUGUUUCAGUUUUUGAAUGUUUUGA